AUGGCCCCAUCCCCACAACCACUCUAUUGCUGGGAUAAUGCUUUGGACUCUAGCCAGAAUCAGAACUUAAGCAGCCAAUAUGAUGACCCUUUCGUCGACGCGUUGAGCGACCACGGUAUUGAUUCGGACUUCAUCCCCCACUUCAUGCAGGGUUGCGAUGAAAAUGAAACCUGUAACUAUACGACGAAAGGAGUGGUGGAGUUCUGUCAGGGCACAGAUAUCAGAGGCUUGCGAGAAAAUGAACGCGCAAAGACCGAACUCGUAGCGUUACUUGACGAUGGCGUUGGCACCUCAGCAUUGGGCUUACAUCAAGCUCUUGUAAAACCAAAGAAUGAGGUACGUAAGACGGCGAAGAGAGAGGGGGCUGAUGCCUCGUCACGCCAGCCAACGAAGCGAAGUAAGGAACAAUAUAUCCCAAAUUUGACGCCUUGGACUGUUGUUGCUCUCGCGGCAAGUACACCAAACUACCAAGUCGGUGUUGUAGGCGAAUUUAUAUUCAACCAUCUUCGUUUUGACCCCCUCAUCAAUGCUAAUAUCCAGCGCGAUCAUUUCCCAUUCUUCACAUUCGAAUUCCAUCUGCCUUGCGUUUUACUAAGAGAACAGAGAUUGCCACAGAAAGAUGGUCGAAGACUGCGGAAGCACCAUGAAAUUACAUUCCUUUACAACAUGGGCAAAAAAGUUGAUAAUAGCCCGACAAAAUAUCUAUACGAAUCUAAUACAUCUUGUUUAAUUUCUGGACCAAGUCGCUACUCAUGGACUGGCUUUCUCAUCAAAGACCGGUACUUUACAAUUGACGAUGACCCUGAGAGUAUCGAAGAGUACAUUGCACAGGGACAGGAUGGUGUCAUGCCGGAUCCUUUCGCAGCUGGCAAAAGACCUAUGGGAGACCUACCGUGCGAUGCACGAGAGCAUUGGCUCAUAGCUAUUGGGAAUAGUUUGAAACAAGUAAACAAGGAAUCGUGGCACGUGUUUACGGUUAUAGAUGAAGCUAUUCAAACAUACGGGAAGAACUGGAAUAAAAUGAUUUGCAGAGUGUCAUACAAGAAUGGCUAUCAGAGGGUCUCUUCGGAUACGGAUAAGAGUAGGUCACGACUGAGGGAAGAACAUCAAGACUGGAUGAGACGAAGUCUUGAGGUUUUGCGAAAGAUUAUGGGUAUUCUGAAUCAAUACAGCGAAGAGUGGAAGAUGUUCAGCGAUCAUGGGCUGAAUUAUUUCAUGUCAACCGAUGAUGCUAACCACUUAAAUCGACUGCGGAGGUCUCUCGUUGACGUGGACCAGCAGAUCAUCCGCUUGGAGCGUCUGCGGAACAAGUAUAAACACGAGCUGGUCUGCUGUGAAGACAUGGCCCGUGACUUCAAUGAUCGAAUCGCCCUCGAAGAUAACGAGUCAGCAUUUUUCCAGAAAAAGACGGCUAGGGACGUCAAGGUCCUGACCUGGAUGACAUUUCUCUCCCUACCGUUUGGGUUGGCCUUCAGCCUCCUUAGUACACAGGACGGCUAUAUUCCGAUGAAGCCGAGUUUAGGGGCAUUGAUAGCAUCGAUUGCUGUCUUUGAGGGAGUGAUAUGGAUGAUCCUUGGCUCGCUGCUCGGUUGGGGAUGCUUUAGGGAAAAGGUGAAGGAUUGGCUACCACAUCAACUCAGAUCCAAGAAAAUGGAAAUAGAAGAAGAACUCGAUAUUCAACAAAUAGAGGGGCUGACCUAA